GUUCUGUUGAGUUGCAGGAACGCGUUCUUUUCUACUUUCCGUUCGAUUUUAUUUCCUUAUUAUUAUUAUUAUUAUCGUUAUUGUUAUUACGAAUUAGUUGCACGUUUCGGUUCGGUUCUGUUGUGUUCUGUUUAGUUUAGUUCGGUUUCUCCUUUUUCCAACAGUCACGGCAACAAAUUAAAUUUCAACAAUUUAAUUAUAAUCCCUCCAAUUAACUAAAUCUCUUUGCCUUCCUUUCGGUUGUCGCUUUGUUUUGGUUGUGCUUUCUUCCAAUUCGGAUUCUGUUCGGUUUUUGUCUCGGUUAUUAUUAAAAUAAAUAUACUCGCGUAAAACCAAACAUCCAUCCCACCCUGAAAAUUGUUUCGUAAUCGCACUGAAAUCUAAAUCGAGAAAACAGCAACAAGUUUUCCACGAUCUGAGAGCAGAUCCAUCCAACGUCCAGCCCAACGGGAAGAAAAGUAAACUUUCGGGCACACAAGCAACCCAAACGUACCCAUACGUAUACUUGUUAUACGCGCUCCUAACUAGGCUAUAGAAUACGCCUGAGAUCGGUCCACAGGCAGAAAGACUUUUGUGUUCCAUUUCGGUUGAUCCACCCUGCGUGCGCCCCAGGAAAGGAUCCCCCUGCAGUAUUAUCUCAAGAUCAACUCUAUAAACGCCUCCUCCUCCCUUUAUUACUGUCUCGUGAACAAGUUUUUCGCAAAAAAGAAAGCACAGCAGCCACAACAUGGUCGAGGGUCAGACAGCCGUGCAACAGCAGCCCCAACAACAGCCACCUGCUGGAGCUGCCAGCAACACUGCCAGCAGCAGCAGCACCAUCUCCGCCACAGGAACAGGCACAGGUGUAGGAUCUACAGGAUCUACGGGAAAUGUGACGACCAACAGCCAGGCGCAGAUAAACGGAGGUACAGCCUCGACAUCGCCUGCAGCAGCCGGAUCUGGUUCGGGUUCUGGAUCGACGACAACCGGAUCGAAUGCCAGUGGCCAGGCAUCCAAUGCCAACAAUUCAACAGCGAAUAACAACAACAACAACAACAACAACAACACUGCUAACAACAAUAAUAAUAACAACAACAACGAACCAGAUCCUAAAACUAAUCUGAUUGUAAACUACUUGCCACAGACAAUGUCCCAGGAUGAGAUACGUUCGCUGUUCGUUAGCUUUGGAGAGGUGGAGAGCUGCAAGUUGAUACGCGACAAGGUGACAGGCCAGAGCCUGGGCUAUGGCUUCGUGAACUACGUGAAGCAGGAGGAUGCCGAAAAGGCCAUCAAUGCACUAAACGGUCUGCGGCUGCAGAACAAAACCAUCAAGGUUUCCAUUGCACGGCCCAGCUCGGAGAGCAUUAAGGGCGCCAAUCUCUAUGUAUCGGGUCUUCCAAAGAAUAUGACACAGUCGGACCUCGAAUCAUUGUUCAGUCCUUACGGCAAGAUCAUCACUUCGCGCAUACUUUGUGAUAAUAUCACCGGUCUCUCCAAGGGCGUUGGCUUUAUACGCUUCGAUCAGCGCUUUGAGGCCGAUCGGGCCAUUAAGGAGCUGAACGGCACCACUCCGAAGAACUCCACCGAACCGAUAACCGUCAAGUUUGCUAACAAUCCCAGCAGCAACAAGAACAGUAUGCAGCCACUGGCCGCCUACAUAGCGCCACAGAACACCCGAGGCGGUCGGGCAUUCCCCACGAAUGCCGCUGCCGGAGCUGCAGCCGCAGCAGCAGCCGCUGCCAUACAUCCCAACGCGGGCCGUUACAGCUCGGUUAUCUCUCGAUACUCGCCGCUGACCAGCGAUCUGAUCACCAAUGGGAUGAUUCAGGGCAACACCAUUGCCAGCUCCGGCUGGUGCAUUUUCGUCUACAAUCUGGCCCCCGAGACCGAGGAGAAUGUGCUGUGGCAGCUGUUUGGGCCCUUCGGGGCCGUGCAGUCGGUCAAGGUGAUUCGCGAUCUGCAGAGCAACAAGUGCAAGGGCUUCGGGUUCGUCACGAUGACCAACUACGAGGAGGCGGUGCUGGCCAUACAGUCGCUCAAUGGCUACACGCUGGGCAACCGGGUGCUCCAGGUCAGCUUCAAGACCAACAAGAACAAGCAAACGUAAUUACUAUCCAAGUUGGCUGCUGUUGUCAAUGCCAAUGCGGCGGCGGCGGCCUUGGCGGCCAAUGGUCUGGUGCUCCACAACCAUCGUCAGAACAAUCAGAACAACAUCAGUAGUAGCAUCAGUAAUUCGAACAAUCCACAUGGCAAAUAUGCUAACCACAACAACAGCAGUAGCAACAACAGACAGCACAACACCAACAACAACAGCCAUAGCAGUAGCAGCAGCAACACGAGCAAACAGCAGCAGCAACAGCAGAGGCUCCAAUCAACAACACAAAGCAACAAGCAACAAUCAAUGCCGCCACCUAAGAGAUCAUCAAACAACACUUCAUCAGUCGCAGCAGUCGCAGUGUCCAAUGGCGAUGCUGGAAGCAGCACUGGCAAUGGCGCUGCCGCCUCCUCCUCCUCGGCUUCGUCGUCAAGCAACAUUUUGAAAACAUCCACAAAAUUCAUUUACAACAAGCCACAAAAUCAAUUUGAGCUGCUCCAGCAACAGCUGCAACUGCAGCAGGAAUUCGCCCAGUUCCUGACAAACGUGGCCAGCAGUGCAGUAGGAUCAGGAUCCAGCAGUGCAGCCAACACAUCAGCAGGAACAGGAGGCUCUGUGGGUAGCCAUGGAAGCCAGCGGAACGGAGUAGGAGGAGGAGGAGCGCUGGGAAUGGGCAUGGGCAUGGGACUGGGACUGGGAAUGGCAGCCAAUGGAUCGUCGUCAGGAGCUGGCUCUGGGAACAAAAACAUGCCCUCCUGGUCGAAUUGGUUCUUUUAAAGAUCCCCGUUACUACUCAUUAUGUUAUCCUUUAGUUACUCGAUUCAACCUCUUAUGAAUUAAUUGAUUUCUCAAUUUGUUAGGCCCAUUUAGCUUCAUUUACUUCAAAUUAUUAUUUUUUCAUUUCGAUAGCUUAAAUCCAAAGCAUCAGGCUAAGCAAAUCCUAGUUUAAGUUGAUUACGUUUCGAUGAAUUAUGAAUUCGUUUUUCGUUUUGUAUCACAUCCUCCACACAUCAAUUGUUUAACUUUAAUCGGUGCGCAUAUCAAUCGGGCCCGUGAUUGAAUAAGUACUACAAAAUAAGAGCAACUUUACCAUUAUAUUUUAUUCGUUAAUGCACUUUUAAAGAAACAUCUAUCAAGUCGCCACUAGCGGACAGAAUGGCUUCCAGAAGGGAAUAAACUGAGAAACUGAGAAACGGAGAGAAGUAAAGCUGUAGUUAAGUUUUUGUUUGGGAUGUACUCCACUCUACUCCACUCUACACAUAUUUUUAAACAGAGCAGAGAAUUAUGAGAGGAGCAUUUUGAUGGCGAUGAAGCCCACAAUCCACCAAAGAAUGAGAAACAAACAUGACAAAUAUUUAAGCUAUAAAUAACUGUAUAAAUGAGAUACGAAAACAGAACUGAAUGCGUAAACAGAUACAAGUGUAGAGGCGUUUGGUUUGGCAUAUAGUCAGAACAGGCCGUUUUGCUAAUAGACAAAGCAGAGCAGAGAAUGCGAGGGAAAGCUAGAUACAAGAUACAAGAAGAAUACGAGAAGCAACCAAACAAGACAUGCAUAUGUUUAUGUUUUAUAAUAAAUGUAUAACUUUUUCUAAAAUAAAAAUAAACGAUGUAUGCAUAAUAUACCUACA